GAUUCAUUUCCACCCAAAUAAUCGAAGGAAAAACAAGUGAACCAAUUCGCGAAGUGUAUCGAGUUCUUGGGAAAGAAAAUAAUCAUAAAUUUGCAUUCUCAUUCGUUCGCCGAAAUGGACAAUGUGGAAAACAGUGACGAAUUUGCAUGCCCGGCGUAAUUAGGAAGUGAAUUUUCCUUCGUAUAAUCACUUCCGAGAUUUGAUAGAAACACAAAGUUUUCUUCCUGUCGAUUUGCAAGUAGCGACAAAAGGGCAGAAAAUAAAGAAAAAAAAAAUGAAUAGGAUAUGUUCAUGUGGGGAAUGGGAAUUAUGUGAUGUGAGAUUUUCUACGCGAUAAAGUGGAUGAAAAUUGGGUGAAGUACAGAAAAAAAAACACAAUGGAUUCGCGAGGAAGAGUGAAUUGUAAAAUAAUUGCCUAGGAUAAUCCCAGACCUACUGGGAGCAGGUCAAGGACUUUCCCCAAUUGGAUACCACAAACUUUUCGGACGUCAUACAGCGGAACGGUGAAGAAGAACAAAAGAAUACGAGAAGAUUUACGAUGGUUGCCAGCAGAGGCCCUUCUACUGCUGGCAUACUACUGUUGAUGUUCUAUGGAAUCGCGGCCCUCUCUGAUCUAGAUUUAAAGCGAUCCAGAGUAUGAGUACCGGAAAGUUAGGCUCCGUUGUAUAAAAUCUACGAAAAGGUCCAACGAACACAAAUACAUAGACAAAUCACUUUCUAGGGGACAUAAUUUAUUCUUCGAAGACGCGCCCUAUCGGAUACAAUACUGAACUGGAACAGUUGUGGCUGACCCCAGUCAAAAUAAACCUUCAAAUGCACAGAAAAGAUUCGAUCGUGGCGGCCCGCUUCUGUGAGGGUGGUCAUCGGUGCCUUCCGCCGAAGGAAUGUUGUGCCCAGGGAUGCUGCUAUCUGUACGCACCACCGAGUGCUCCCCGGACGCCCACUCCAGCGACGGACCACGUGCUGAAUCUGUUCUUCAUUAACCACUGGUACUUUUGGUGCUUCCUGUUGGCGAUUGUGCUGGCGCUGCUGUGUGCCUGCUCGCUGUGGAAGAAACGCCGCCAGCUGUGCGGUUGGGGAUCUCCGGGCCAUCACUCCCAAUCGGAGGGGGACUCGGCGGGUUCGUGCUAUGCACCGCCGCAGUACAGCCGGUGCAACUCGUUCCACAUCCAUGCGCCACCGCCAUACACAGAGGUCACAUCCAAACCGGAUCUGUACCCACUGGUGUUCAGUUACGCCGGUGACACAGGCAAGACGGGAACCGGCGGCGGUGCCAACUACUUGAUGGUACAGUACUUCCGCAAUUAUAUAGUUCGACCAGUAGGAUCACUGUCCGGGACCAGUACCGUAGACUCGUUGAGUUCAAGUUUUAUAUGUACAGCGAACGAGGCCAACACGCUCGUGCCGCCACCAUACUCGCGAGCAGCAAGCCCUGAUUUGUCGUCAUCGGUACGAAACUACCACGCGGGGCUGCCACGAUCUGCGUCACAGCAAGCCUGCACAAUAGAUGGGAUCAAUGGCGCUCAUCGGCCCAACUCUGUGCCGAAUUCGAACUACUAUGCAGUUGUUGGGGGAUUCAGUGGAAACCAGGGAUUGGUUCUGCGAACUUCAGAAAGUGCCCAGUUCAAUAACACUGUUGGAGGAAGUGCUGAAGAGAGAAGCGGUGGCGGAGGAAGCGCGGAUGGUAUGAGCGAACACAGUUCGGCACACAAUACCGGUUCGCAGAGUGACCACUACCGAUUUAGCGUACACAAUGGUAGCAAUAAUAGUACUAGUGUGACUAGCGAGCCGUCCAAUCGGAUUGGUUCAAUAUACGCGUCGCAUAAUACCGCUCUUUCGGUGCACUCGAAUCACAACACUUCGGUUGAGGAAAGCCUACACAACACCCAGUCAGUGGUUAGUGAACACAACAAUAGUCAUAACAGCAAUCGCAAUAACAACAAUAACACCAACGAUGCAAACCAAAGCACAACCCAAAGAAGCGGCACGACAAAUGCCAACAUCUAUAGUUCUUGCGGAUCGAUUGGCGGGAUUUCGAUAACUAUUCCGACCAACUCGGAAAGCGACUACCAAGACUUGAAUGCGUUGAGACGAAGCCUGGAGACGUGCUGUCAGAUCUUACACCAUCAACAGCAGAAACAGGCUCAAUUCUAUGCGCAUCAUCAGCCUUCCUCCGGUUUCACGGCAAACAGUGAAGAUUCGCCAAUCAACGUUGAGUUAGCGAAGAAAUUCGAAGGUCUGAGAAACUCAUACAUUGGCUCCAAUACGGGCUCGAACGUGUCCAGUUUGGCGAAUCUUGGAACUCCGGAUUCACCACCGCGUGCCACAAGUCCAACUGUGGAGGUUCGCGAGCUACUCGAGCAAAUACGGCAACUGCAGAAUAUUAGUGCCACGAAUAGUACUAGUGAAGGAAUUAUUAUUAUAAACCCCCAACUGGCCGCUGCCGAGGCGUCCGUAAACGAGUCCAACAAUUCCAUCAACGGUCCUAACCAUAGCAACA